GGCUAGCUUUCCCGGGACUUUGAAGCAUCGUCUGCCACACCAACUUCUGCGCAUUGACUCUAGUCUUGGCCCACGUCGCGCCGCGCGAAGGCCUUUUACCUGCGCACACAGCAGUCGACUCCCUAGCGCAACGCUUUGCAGCCAGCAGGAGGUUCCGCGCUCGGCGGAGCCGUUGUCAGCGACUCGGUUCACUCACGCUUACUUGGCACGACCGGCGCAGCAGUGCGCCGAGUGCAGUACGCUGCUUACAGACAGCCGGCGCCCCGUAGAACCGUCGCGCUCAGGUUGUAGUAGGAAGAGAGGUUCGGCCAGCUAGCCUGCCUGCUUGGCCUGGCACCAAGUGCCUGGGCGCAAAGGGCAGUUGCUUCUGAUUACAGGGGCGGCGGUUGGGCCAGGUGGCAAGCCCGGCCCCGGCCCCGGCCUCAGCGCCUUUUCAGCGACACGCGGCCCUUCCCCCUCACCAAUACACUACUACAUAGCCGCAGCCGCAGCCUGCUGCGCCGCUGCUGCCGCCUCAGUCUAACGCGCCAGACACCACCAGAGUGAUGGCCGCCGCCGGCGCCGCCGCCGCACCUGCCACUCCCACAGAGGCGGCCAGCCAACCCACGCCCAGACCAGACCAUGGCCACGGCCACAGCCCCGGCUCAGCGAUACGGCGGGCGCUCACCGCCCCUUGGCAUGCCCUGCAGAGCCUUGGCAGCGCCGGCACCGGCACUGGUGGCGGAGCCGCAGCCGGCCACGCCGCUGCCGGCCACGCAGCGCAGGGCGGCGCCCCACACCAACACGUAGAUCGCAGCGCACACCCGACCGUAGGCUACCACCCCGGCAAAGGCGGCGGCGCCGCCGCCGCAGCCGGUGGGGUUGGCAGCGGGGCAGGCGGCGGCAACUACGGCAACCGCAGCGCGCACGGUGCCUAUUCCGCCGCCUACCCCGCCGCCUACAAUGCAGCGUAUCAGCAGCUAACACAUUUCCACGCUUUCGGCGGCGGGCCCGGAGGAGGUGGAGGAGGAGGUUCCGCGCACGGCGGCUCCGCGCACGGUGGCUUCAGGCACAGCCGCACCCACACGGCCGGUGGCGGCGGAGGAGGAGCGGGGUUGCACAGCCGCCGCAGCAGCAACCUCCACAACUCGGGCGUCUCCCGUCGCAGUCUCUUUGAUGUUGACGGCAUGCCCGUGCCCGACCCCGCGGCUGCACUCGCCUCCGGCUCGCACGCUGCAGCCAUCGCGGCUGUAGCAGCGGCCGCAGCCGCGGCCGCUACAGCCGCCGUAGAAACCGGCGACUGGACUGUGCGCAGUAGCACGGUACGGCCAACGCACGUACAGCCGCACCCGCAGCCGCCGCUGUCGUACAACACAUUGGAUGCGCCUGUCGAGUACGGCAUGCCGCCUUCCGAGUCUUCCAUUGCCAUACUGCCGCCGCCAGCGGGUUCGGCGGUGGCGGCGGGAGCGCCGCCGCCAUCGCCGGCGGCGGCAGCGGCUGCCGUGGCGACGGCUUCGGCCAUGGCGCGCGCAGCGAGCAGCGGGCCUUUGCUGGGUGCUAUUGACGAGCUGCUUGGGUCACCGGAUGGCGGCGUUGGCGGCGCAGCGGAGGUCUUGGCCGCUGCUGCCACAGCGGCGGCCGCCGCCGCCACGACAGCGCACGGCGCACACCCGCACACCAGCCGGACGCACCCGCACCUGCAGUCGCCGCAUCCACACCUGCCGACCGUGGUCGAGCUGUCGGCGCCACACUCGCCAGGAGCAGCGGCAAGGCCGCCGCAGCAGCAGCAGCAGCUGGCUGCGCCGCCGUUCGCACCGACGGCGGCGGCGCCGCCGCCGCCGCCGGCCCAAGGCCUACCUGUCAGCCAUUGGGACGACGCACGCAACCCCAUGAGCCUUUACUACGACCCUACCCUUGACCGCGACCAGCAAACCCGCCAGCAGCCGCACCAGCAGCAGCAACAGAAGCGGUCGGAUGCGGAUGCAUACGUGAACGGCCCUGCUGGGCCCGCAUCCGCGCCUGUGCCGGCCCCGACGCCGCCCGAGCUGCAGAGGGCUGAGGGAGCUGCAGAGGUGGCGGCGGCGCGGCCGCUGAGUGCAGACGGGCGCGGUGUCGGCACCGUGGCCGAUGGCAGCGCCGGCACUGGGGAUGGCGACAUUCUCCUUUUGGACAUGAAAGGCGGCGGCGGCGGUUGGGAUCCCGCGGCGCUGGCGGCUGCCGCCGCCGCCGCGGCCGCCGCCGCCACGGCCGCAACUGUUGGUAGCGGCGCCGGCGGCGGCGCGCAGGGUCCGUCAGCGGCGGCUCCGCUAGCGGAGGAGGCGGCGGAGGCUGCCAAGGGCCCUCCGGAGGGGCUGCUUCAACGCGCGGAAGAAUACUUUGUGAAGUGGCGGGGUGUGAACGACACGCUGCUUCCGCCCGAGAGCGCGGAGGACAUCGCCUGGUCGUGGCUGGGCGCGUUUGUGGCCAUCUGCGUGGUCGCGAUCAUGAACCAGUAUCUCACCCCCGAGGUGGACACGCCUCUCAUGGUGGCCUCCUUCGGCGCCUCCGCCGUGCUGCUGUUCGGAGUGCCGGCCUCAAAACUGGGACAGCCCAGGAACCUGCUAGGCGGGCAGGUGUUCUCCGCUAUCGUGGGCUGCAUCGUCCGCGUGGCCUUCCGCGAUGCCGUGCCGCAGCUGCUGUGGCUCAGCAGCGCACUGGGCAUGAGCAUCGCGCUGGCGGUGAUGCAGGUCACACGCACCGUGCACCCGCCCGGCGGCGCCACCGCCCUCAUUGCCGCGUCAGCGCACAGCAUGGGGGACUGGUACGGCUUCAAAUUGGUGCUGACGGUGUUUUUCGGGUCACUGGCAAUGCUGGUAGUGGCGCUGGCGAUCAACAACCUCCCGCGGCGCCGCCGCUACCCCACCUAUUGGCUGGGAGCUUAGGUGGAGCCAUAGCGACGGCGCCUCCAGGCUAGAGCGGCACCGGUGGCGAAGGCGCCGGCGUGGGCGGCUCUGCUUAGAGCUGAGAGCUUUGAACUCAGAGCGUAUAGCUCGUAGCUGAAAGCUCCGACCGUUUGGCUCGGAGCUCAGAGCUUGGAGCAUGAAGCUUUUACCUGGGGACGUAGCGCUUGCUUGCUGCGAUGAUUGCAUGUGAAUCGAGAGUGGCUGGUAAAAUGUCAGACAGCGAGAGUGGUUGGGAGCGCAGGGAGAGCGGAAGAGUGCGCGGUGAGCUUUUUUAGACCGAGGUGGGCUACUUACGACCGAGCGAUGGAACGGAGCAGAGGAAGCACACACAGUCCCCGGCACGCAGUACUCAGGUGUGACGUUAGGAGGCGGGGUAUGUUUGUCUUACGUCUUAGUAUGUUAACCACAUGAUCGCACUGGUGGUAGCACGAGUUUUGCGGGGACAGCAGGUUGUUUUCUGCGUGCCUCAGACCAGUUUGCAUGGCUAAGCCCGUGGGCUGCACCUUCUUGAGUGACGAUACGCCGUGUUGGGCAGUUAUUCCACUUGUCGUAUCGUUGCAAUGGUAGCACAUCAUACUUAUGCACGCUGAUGAUGUGUGUACAGCACGUGUGUUUCCAGUGUUCCAGCCUCGUCACACACAAGUCCAAAUGUUGUAUGCGACACUUGAGCGAGGGUCUUAGCGAGAUGAAUGCCUCAGUUCGCCACUUUGCAGCUAAAUUGAGCGCUGUCGGGCGGUGGGUCUAUGUGGCCAUGGCCACGUGCCUUUCAACCGCCGACGGGAGUAAAAAACCAAGGGGAUGAGAACCCUGUGUAUAGAUGGAUAAUUGGAUGGGCUGGAUGGAAUCGGUGGAUGGAGGGAUGGAUGGGUGGGUGGGAUGGAGGGAUGGGGAGGAUGGAUGGGAUGAGAUGGAUGGAGGGACAGAGGGAUGGGGCGAUGGACAGGGGGAAGGGACGAGGUUGAGACUGUGGCGUUUGACGUUGGAUGUAGUGUACGGCACAAAGCAGGCUGGGGUCGCGCUUGGACCCCGAAGAUGCGGGGCCGAGGUGGAGGAAGUAGGGUUGAACUGAAAGGAACCCAAUUUGCCAACCGCCGGCUGCACACCAGCAUUGCACUACACGGGCAAGCUGUAUGUCCGCUGCAACGGACGGUGCAUGAGUUUUAUGUUGUGUCUACGAGCGCAUACGUGGUUACACGUGCUCGUGCAUCUUGAGGAACAGCAAGAGGCGCGGUAAACGUAACGACUGCACCGCACCGUGUUGUUGAACUGUUGAAGGCAUGGGUGCGGCAGUGGGAAAGCGGAAGGUCGCAUUUGUCAUGCAAGGCAACUCAGUACUGACACAAACCGCGGGUGUCAUUACGUAUAAAUAUCUAGUACGGGCUACUUAUUGCAAAUGGGCAGUAGGUCCAAAUCAGCGGUGGCGGCGCAGGGCCCGGCGGCGGCGCAAGGCCUGGCGCAGGUAGCGGCGGUGCAGGGCCUGGCGGCGGCUGCGCAGCGGCGCAGGACCUGGGCCCAGCACUGGCGGCUUACAUGUCCCGAAGCAUGUCCCGGAGCAGUAGCGCACGUAGGACUGAAGCGUAUCACGAGGAGGUGCCGCGGUAGUGGAGGCGGGUGGACGCGGGUGUGGAAGGGAAGAGCACAUGCCCCAGAUCCUGUGAGAGUGGAUGGUGCUGGGAAAGUCGGUGAGGAGGUUGAGAGGAAUGAAUCGGAAGGUCCGGACAUGCGUGCAGCUCGAUUGGAAACCUGUGUGGGGCUUUCGGGCGCGUUUGAGCCCCUUUGAGCCCCUUUCGCUAUGGACUUGUGGACAGGCGGUCACACCUGGUGACAGCCUCGGGACUGCAAGUUUUCGUCCUCUCUGCUGUGGGGGGAAGUGGUGUGACCGGUGGCGGCGCCGUGCAAAGCCGGCAGAAUGACACGACACCUCUGGGGCGCCGCGGAUCCGCAUGCUGCAGCCCUCCCCUGCUGCAGCCUGCAGCGUGCAGGUGAGUUGUGCGCUCCCAGGUUACCUAUGUGCACCAGGAGUGCAGAGGACGCGGUGACGCGGUAUGCUAUGUGUGAAGCGCGCACGGGCGCUGCCCGGGAGGCCAGGACUGCGACCAGGCCUUGCGGAGCCAACGGCCGCCUGCCACGCCUAACCCCUCGCCUGGA